AUGGCUCCAGCUUGGUUGCUGGUGGCCUUCCUGCUGCCGGUUACGCUUCUCCUUUACCAAGUCUGGAACUCUUAUGGCCCUCAUGGCCUCGCCACAUCCACUGAAGAAGAGCGGCAGCUCCGAGCUUUUCUGCAGAAAGUCGAGGCACAAAACGAGCUUGCGGAGGAUUUCUUAGGCGAGCAGUGGGAGAGGAGAUUUCAAAGGGGCCUUGGCAGGACAGACCUGCCAAACGUCACCAUAAUCACGGUCGACACCAGCAAGCCGCGUGUCUUCGGCAUGCUGGGAGCUGGCAAUUUGCAUGUGAGAAAUGCUGGCGCGGGAUCGAAGUGGCGCUCUUGGUGGGACAAGCCACGUCUCUUUCAGAAGUUUCUCAAGAAGUUCUCCUUAGCCCAGCCGCAGCGCAUAGAAGCUUGGCAGUGGCUGGACACAGCAUCAGUGAUGAAGGGCACUGUUGCUGAUUUAGGUGAUUCUUCUGGAUGGCUUCGAUACCAUGUUUGGGGGAUGCUCUGA